AAUGUGCUUAUAGAUGGUGCAGGGAAUCCACGUCUCACAGAUUUUGGUCUUGCAACAAUCGCAGAGGACGCAGAGUCACAGCUGAGUACGACGACCGCAAACCGCAGCCUCAAUCCUCGAUGGCGUGCGCCCGAGGUCAUUGGAGUCGUCCCGGAGGCUGAACCUGUACGACCGAAUUUUAAGAGUGAUGUAUAUUCUUUUGGUGGUCUUUCUUCUCAGAUCGUCUCGGGGGAUACACCAUGGAAAGAGAAGGCACAGCCACAAAUCAUCAUUGCGCUGUCGAAUAAAGUUGUGCACGCGCGUCCCGACAACAUUAUUGACGAUCACUGGAACUUGAUUCAAAAAUGCUGGUCUUGGAACCCAGCUGAUCGGCCGGAGGCAACUGAAGUCAUUGGAUGCCUU